UGUUAUUAUUAAUAUAAAGAUGGAUAUUGAUAAAAUAUCAUGUCCAAUAUGUGGCAAGGAAUUUGCUUUUUCUGUUAUCGAAUCUCAUGCCAACAAGUGCUUAUUCUUUAAUGAAUCUGUGAAAGAUGAAACCACAACUUUGCUUAAAGAUUCAAGUCCUGUAAAUAAAAAAAGCAAAUUGAAACCAACAAAUGUAAACAAAGCAAAUCAAGUGUUUAUAAAAAGAAAGAGUUCUUUGGAUCAGUUUCCCUCCCAAAAUUUUCAAGAGGAAGAUGUUAAAGAUGACAUGCUACAAAAAAGUAUAAGCAGUGAAUGCAAGAAAUUGCGUGGAAAUGAACGUAUACCUCUUGCAGAACAGAUGAGACCUACAUCAUUAUUAAAUUUUGUCGGCCAGACACAUAUUCUUGGACCACGCACUAUGCUAUCAGAACUCUUGCAAAAGAAGGAAAUACCCAAUAUGAUUCUCUGGGGUCCACCUGGAUGUGGCAAGACAUCUUUGGCUAAUGUUAUCGCAUAUAUGUGCAAAAACGACACAAGUCGUAAACUCCGAUACGUUAAGCUCUCUGCGGCCAUGGCUGGUGUCCAAGAGGUAAAAGAAGUUAUUAGUGUGGCCGCAAAUCAUGCCAAAUUUGCGCAGCGAACGAUAGUGUUCAUGGACGAGAUACACAGAUUUAACAAGACACAGCAGGAUGUUUUCUUACCACACGUCGAAUCAGGAACUAUCACUCUCAUUGGUGCUACGACAGAAAAUCCCUCAUUCAGUCUAAACUCUGCAUUAUUAAGCAGAUGCAGAGUAAUUGUCUUACACAAAUUAUCUAUUGCAAAUUUGGUAUGGAUUUUAAAACGUGCUGUAAUUUCACUGGAAGGUAUAAUACACAUGUCGGAUAAAAGCAGAUUGCAAAGUGAAGAAAGUACUUCAAAAGAAGACAAGAUCGAAAUGGAGUCGCCCUAUAAUACAAAGUUUAUUAUAGACGAACCAACAAUACAGUGGUUGGCUGAAACUUGUGAUGGUGAUGCUCGAAUAGCUUUAGGAGGGCUAGAAAUGGCUGUGCGAUCUAAAGCACUGAAUGAAAAGGAACUACUAGACAUUGGGCCAGCUAUAAUAACGCUGAACGACAUCGAGGAGAGUCUGAAAAAGACGCACAUGUUGUACGAUAAGAAGGGUGAUCAACAUUACGACACGAUUUCCGCAUUACACAAAUCAGUUAGAGCCAGUGACGAAAAUGCUUCUCUUUAUUGGUUGACUAGAAUGAUCUCUGGCGGUGAAGAUCCGGUUUAUAUUGCACGAAGAUUAGUGAGGAUGGCUAGUGAAGAUAUCGGUUUAGCUGAUCCAAAAGCUCUUGGGAUAGCGAUGCACACAAUGCACGGUUGCAAAAUGAUCGGGAUGCCGGAAUGCGAUGUUCUUUUGGCGCAAUGUACAAUAUAUUUAGCGAGAGCUCCAAAAUCCAGACUAAUGGAAGACGCACUUAGAGCCGCACAAAAAGUUGUAGCUGAACAUAAGGGCCCACAACCAGGAGUGCCCUUAUAUCUAAGAAAUGCUCCUACAAGACUCAUGAAAGAUUUAGGAUAUAGCAAAGGAUAUAAUAUGAGGCACAAAGAUGAAUCUGAAUUGAGUUAUCUGCCAGAGGGAUUGGAAGAUUUAGAUUUCUUUGGUGAUGAUGAUACAAUGUAAAAAUACGAUUAUAAUUGCUUUAUUUUUAAGGUACAUUUCGUCAUGUAUAUAUAUAUAUAACAUGUUUCAUAUUAAUGAGAAAAAAAAGAUAUAAUUCAUAUUAUACUAGUUAUAAAUUUCUCAAAUAUAAGAAUUUCAGAUCUCUCAGGGAUUAAAGUAUCAUAAAAAUUAAUAUAGAAAUUUUGUACAAUGUGUAUUGUAAUUAAAUAUAGAUAUAGCAACUUUAGAUAAAAAUAUAUAGGAACGUAAUGUUUAAAUAAAGCAUCUUAUUCACACAA